GCCGCCGGGCGCCUCUGUGUGCGCAUGCGCGGGCGAGCCGCGUGGCCUGGCGGGAGUGUGUGUGGCGGCCUCGCGUGCGGCAGGACAUGGCGAAGAGCCUGAGGAGCAAAUGGAGGAGGAAGAUGCGGGCGGAGAAGAGGAAGAAGAACGCGCCCAAGGAGCUGGAGAGGCUGAAGAAGAUCCUGGGAACCAAAGCGGAUGUCAUCAUGGAGGAGGUCAAGGAGGUGGCGACCGUGGUGCCCCCCGAGAAGGUCCUGGAGGCGAAAGAUGACUGCAAAAUGGAGCUGGAUAAUAAACGAAACAAAAAAACUCUUCUAGACCAGCAUGGACAGUACCCAAUAUGGAUGAAUUCCAGGCAAAGAAAGAAGCUUAAGGCCCAGCGUGUUAAAGGGAAAAAGAAAUCAAAAGUGGCCAAAGGCCUUGUCUGGUAAAAUCAGUUUUGUAAAGAUCAUGAAUAUUUUAUUUAACAAAAUAAAUUUUCCACAUAAAUUCGUGAGAUUUUGUGCUUGGUCACUGCAUAUAAUUUAUUGUGUCGAAUGAAUUUUUUAAGAGACUGUUUGGCCGGCAAAUGAUGAAAGAAAUUGCAGCUUGGUGUCUGCCAAACUUAAAAAGCAAGCUGAGGGCCUUUGAAUAACUAAUUGUGUGUGGUUAUCUGUUUUCCUGGGGGGGUGAGCAUCUUCAUCCUUUAUACUGUGAGCACCAAAAACAGUAAAGGAAAUCCGAAAAGUAAUUAAACCAAAUGGUUUUGUACUGUUGACCAUUUGCUUGUCAGUGUGACUUGUCUUUUAGUAAAAAUAGCCAAAGGUUUCUGUAAACACACAGUAUCCUUUAAAUUUUCCUGUAAAAUCUGUUGCACUGACUUGUGUUGCUUUUAACAUCUGAUAAUUAACAAAAAUAUAUUUUCAUAUGUAACUCCAAAAUUUUUAUGCUGAAACAACACCAGAGCCUCAUGAAAAUUCUGCAAGUAAAAUGAGAAAGUGUCAGUCUGACGUAAGUUCACAAAGAGAACAACAAAAUAUUUCAUUGCUGUCUGCAACAGAAAUACUGUAGGAACUAAAUAAGUGCAAGUACAACCGAUUAUUUUAUUAUUAAAAUGAGAGAACACAAAUGCACCAAAUGGAAAUAAAACAGUUUUAUUUAAGAUCUUUUCCAAGUUUUAGUAAAGUAAAUGAGAAUUUUCCUUUCCAUAUGUAUUUUCAGUAGCCUUUUAUUCCCUUUAAAUGGUACUUACCUAUCCUGCUUUACAAUGUGCGCGUAGGAUAAAAUACUGCGUGAUUGUGUAACAGAUGCCAUUUGUGGGAUUAGCUACGUUUGGGUGCAUAUUACUUGGCAAUAACAUGCGAUGACAGAUGCAAGGCUUAGUUGCCCUGAAAGCUUGUGUUUUUUAAAUGUCUCUCAUUUCAAGGAUGGAAAUAAUUACAGUAGCAACACUGCAGUAUGUUGCCUUUUCAAGUACCAGGCAUGGGUACAGGGCAUAACCUUUGUCCAGCUUCAUGAGAUGAGAUCCACGUUCUGUGAUUACCCACAAAUUGUGGUUUGUAUCCAUUAUGAUAACUUGGGCACAGGAAAGAAGAUCUGUUGUUUUAAUUACACUAGGUUGUAGUAUGGUAAACUCUGGUAAGAUGAGCUCAGUGUGAUAGAAAAUGAAGUUUUUCUGGAAAAAUACUGUGGGUUUAUUACUAUUGUUAGGGAAAGGUACAUAAAAAAUUACAACAACAUUAAAGGAAAAACCAGUGUGUCUUCUAUUUUCACAUAAAUUGACAGUUAAUGACUUGGUAAGAUAUAUAGGUCACAUAUUACCAAAUUAUAUGCUGUUGAUAACUUUAUAUUUUAAAAAUAUUUCCAUUAAGUUGAUAAAAGCCCUGCUAGUUGAUAAAAACAGCUGCUGCUAUCAAUUUUUUUUGGUCCUACUAGAUAAAUGGAUCUAGAUUUUGGUAUCAAACUUAUUUGGAUGUUAGCAUGUAGUUUAGGACUACUUUAAAAGUGAUUCAUGUGUAGGAAACUGUUUAUCAAUGUGUUUAACCAGGAAUGGAAUGGAAUGAACAGUCAGAUUGUAUUUAUUUAUUGUUGUAACAAUGUAGGCUUUAUUUUGCUUAAUACAUGCUUUGGGGAAUUGAGGAGGGGAGCUUCUUGGGCUUAAGUGUGAAAAAACAAUUGUUUUCUUCUGUAAAGUAAGCAGAGUGCUAUUUUUGACAUGUUUGUAAAUCAGAUGACUUUAAAGCAGCUCCCUUGGGAAAGCAGGCUGCUUUUCCUGAGUGGAGAUGAUUAAACUGGCAAAGUCCCCCUGUUUAGA